AUGAAAAGCAAAAUCCAUGGCAAGGAUAACACCAUCAAGCCGGAGCCACAGUUACAAUCUCCUACGUCCUUGCUAUCCAUCGGUACGUUUGGAAACAAAAUAGAAGAUUCACACACUGUCGAAACCUCAGCCGAUCAUGAUCAGUUGGAAGAUGGAUUAAUCGAGAGGGAGCUGAGGGCACUACUCAACGAGCAUGCUUCGAAUUCCUCUGGGGAAUCGGAACGUUUUGAUCUUCCAAUGGAGAAAAUACUGGAGAGUUUUCCUGUUCACAGAGAAGUUGAUGAUGAUGAAGAAAAAGAAGAAGACGAUGAGUUGGUAGCAGAUAUGGAAGCCGGUCUUGUUGAAAGAGCAUAUAGCACAGGAAAAGACAGGAAAGGAAAAUGCAGCAUAUACAGAAAGUCGAUAUUGUUUCUUCUUAGGAAGGCUUUUGUUUGUGGGGGUGGCUUCGCGCCAUCUCCCAUCUUGAGAGAUCCAUUUCUUUAUGCUAAUUUGGAUAGAUCAAGAAUGGAAAAGGUUCAUUUUGUAAUUGCUGCAUGGUUUCUUCAACACCUCUUAAGUGUAUUUUGGGAUUGA